AUGGCGGUUUUGGGCUACUCAAUGUAUGGAUCACAUACGUUAUCGCAAAUAACAUUGAAUCUACCGAUUCAUAAGACGAGUUCAAAGGUGGCAAUAUACACAACACUCGUAAACCCUAUAGCCAAAUACGCGUUGAUGAUCACACCAACCGUGAACACUAUAAAAGAUUGGUUUCCUUCACGGUACGCCAAGAAGACAUACUUACAUCUCUUGAUCAGUACCUUCUUCAUAGCGAGUAGUGUGGUCGUCGCCGAGACACUUCCCUUUUUCGGUUAUAUGAUGUCUCUGGUUGGAGCAUUGUUGAGCGUGACGGUUUCUAUUCUUCUGCCUUGUUUAUGUUACUUGAAGAUCACUGGGAUUUACAAGAAACUUGGGUGUGAGACUGUGAUGUUGUUUGGUAUGGUGGUAAUGAGUGUACCGAUUGGAGUUUUAGGUACUUAUAUUGCAAUUAGAGAAAUAGUUGGUAGCGUUUGA